UAUAUCGCGAACAUCGACAUAGAUCAUCAUUUUCAUUGAAGAAUGAAAAUCAAUUUUUUGUUGUAAAAUUUUUGUUGUAAAAUUAUAAAAGUGGAUCGUUUUUUUUCAACUUUUGUCGGACUACUACGAACACCUCCGAUACGGUUUGCUAUACGAACUUGCGAACAAACGACUUUUGAUGGUAGAAGGAAAAAGAGAAAGAUAAAGGACUGCACCUCCACCACCCGCCACGCCUGACAAUAACGCACACAGAAACAAGUCUAAACCAUGACAACUCCGCGUUCGACGACUGAAAUCUUCCGGUCAGCUCCCAGCGGAGCCUGCCAAGUGUUGGUCAGGACGCUAUUUUGUCUUUCCGCUGCCGCGACGACUUCCUACAACUACUCCGGCGUUGAGCACAAUGCUCCGGAGACAACCUUUUUCAUCCCAGCCGCUUUUGCCUUGGCCCGAGCAGCCGCAGCGCCGACGUCCACCCAAGCAGGUCCUUUGGAUGCAGCCGCUGGUGCAGGAGACGAUGUCUCUGGCGCAGCCACCGAAACCGACUCCGCCCCACCUCCGCGCCAUCUCCUUGUGGACCCCGCUGCGCCCGCCCGUCUCGUGGCUGCGGAAGGGAUAAAACUUCCAUCUCCCAGCAGAGGACGCAGUGGGAAGACCAAGGCAUCCUCUCGCCGCGGCGGCCUUUUGCGCAUCCCGAGUCCCCAGCGGAAGGAGAUGGACACGGAGUUUUGGACGCGCGAUCUCUCGCCAGUUUUUGGCGUUCGCGAAGGUUUGGAGCGCCGCGUUCCGGAGUUCAUUUUAGUACACAGAAAUGAGAAGCCAGAUGACCGGUUGAGUGAAGCUGGUGCCCCUGUUAAUAGCCUGGCUUUGGAACAAGGGGAUGAUGGUGUUUUUGCGACAGGAGCGUCUGCAUCAAAUUCCGGAUCAUCCUCCUCGAGCGCUGCACCAAUGGCAUCAUCCUCGGGGUGGAGCAGCGGGGCUGUGGGGAGACAGGAAUUUUUUCCCGACUUCGCGCUUGACAAGACCAGAAGCGAUGACUCAUCUUUAGCACAGCCUUCCUCCCCAUUCUCGCUCGCGGCAGCGCUGGGUGCCGACCGUCCUAGUAGAAGUUCCUGGGACGAGCGGGCUUCUGCGUCGGGUCUGCAGCAGAACUUUUGGGAAGAUGAACAGGGGGCAACAACAAAAUCGGACGAAGCAGCGCUCUCCUUUCAGCAGAAGCAGAAGGGAUUGCGCGAUAGUAGAUACGAGAUACUGGUCCCUGAUUCUGCGGAAAAUAAUGACAAGCAAAAGUCCAUUGUAUUGUCGUGAAAAAAACCGCUGCGUGCCAGUACGUGCAGAAUACAACCCUGUUUGUGAUGCGUUACUUGCUAUGUACAACUCGAUCUUGAAUGAUUAAUUCCAUAUUGUCACCAAUUUCAGCACGAGGCAUGAUCUUCGAUUGAGGCACACGGACCUGACGCUCAUGGUAUUUUUGGGUACAACCACACGGCAGUAGAGGUUUUUUUCUCACCUGGAUACACCGUGGAGGAGUUUUACGCAACUGUUGAGCAGACAGAGGACGCCCGGUCAAAGCUGCAGGAAAAAAAGCCGAAAAUCUUCAAGGCGCCAAAGGAUCCAUCACAAGGAAGCAGCACAUCAUCUGCUUCUGCAGCCGCUGGCGCGCCCGUCGUCCCGCUGUCACCGCUGUCCGUGCAGGACCUUGCAGCCAGCGGUUUUCCGGUUAUGCCACUGACCCCGAGCGCGGCAUUGCAGACACCAGGUCGUGCAGCAGUGACCUCCGCUGGGCCUCCGGAUCUUCCGCCACAGUCUGGGUCUAGUGCGUCCGGCAAGUUAAACCUCCCCCCGGGGACCUUCGUGGCGCAGCCAAAGCAGCUGUCUCGUCGCGAGCGUGCAGCGGCGGCGAGAAGGGACCAAACACUUUCACCUACUGUAGGCCCGACGGGGGCGGGGACGACGACGCAAGCUUUUACAACUCCACCAGGUACUAGUUCUUACGCAAUGUUGGCUUACCUGGCUGUGCCGUCUAACGCCUGCGCAGCUGGUGAACAGCAGAGCCGCUGCUCGGGUGCUGGUUUUUCUGCUCCGUGCACUAUCCCACCGCAAUUCAUCUCCGGAGCCGCGCCACUCGCGUCUACUUCCGCUGGUCUACAACUCCCCGCAAUCCGGAUACAAACAGAUCCGCAUACGGGACAGCCGCAGUUACCGACCUAUCACGAGCUCGGACUCGUAACGGCGGGCAGUCCGUUAGCGGGUGUGCCUGUGCGGGCAGUGCUGCUUCCGGCGGGGGGAAGCUGCAAUCAAGCACCGAUGUUCUUCGGUCGUGCAACUGCGGAAGCUCCGAAUGGCGGUUUUUUUUACCCCGGAAAUCCUGUUGCAUCUCGUCCGCAGGGCGAGGAUCUUUUCGCUUCUCGCGCACAGGAAGCCUCGUCCCGUGCAGAAGAGGACGUAACAGGACUUGUUCCAGAUGAUGGUAAAAGCCGCCGAGAACUACGUGGUGACUCGGCAGACUCACCCACUCACAACAGUGGGUCGGCAGCCUCCUCUGCUUACCAAUCAGCCUUGGACCAAUCAGCUACGACAGGAGGAACUGCUGGCGACGAAGAUACAUCUUCCUACCUCGGAGUUCAACAUCCUGCAAAUCCUUUUCCCCCCCCGUUCCAGCACGGAAACUGCCCGUCCGUACCGCAGCCGCAGUGUUUUGCCGGCCUUAUUUCACCGCAACCAGGGUCCUUGCCGGGUAUGGUAGACGGGGACUUUUCCCCUGUAUUCGCAGUAGGACAAAAUCAGAGGCACGGAGAGCCAUACGACAGUUCUGCGGCUUCAACCUCUCCGUCGGCCUUCGCGUCACCAAUGUCUUUUUUUCCGCAGCAGGCGACAGACUGCUACCCACCCGGCUUCUUCCACCCUGUCUCGCCCGUCGCGGGAGGUAAGGGCAAAGGAGGAAAAGCAGGCAUCGAACCCGGCAAAGCGCAUAACACAGCACGGAGCCUCCUGGCAAAAGGAGGUGGGAACAAGGGAAAUAGUUUUGCGACUGGAGCAGGUGGGAAGGGAAGUGCCAUGGCGGAUGGCGACCACAAUGCCCGCCUUGGCGCUGCAGAUCAUUGCGUUUCAAAUUCAGUUUCCUUCCCCGCCCACCCGCCUUGGCAGCUGAUCCUGAAGCAUUACUACCAGCAGACGACGAACCAACAGCAGGGGUCCUCGCCAGUUGGUUUCUAUCAUGACCCAUCGCGCAAACACAUCUACCCAGCGCAGUACCCGAAACGACUGACGAAAGAGUGGCGCCUUCCGGACGGCAGUUUCUUGGAAUACGUUUUCUCGGGCGAGAAAAUUUUUAUCGGAGGCCUGCGAGACACCGUGGUGGCAAAACUGUCCGAGAAGCUGCUUCAGGAAGUGAUUCUUGGAAGGAGUAUUCGAAAGAAAGUACAGGGAGAUCUUCAGACCGACUUCCAAGCCCCCGGCCACAACAUGAAAGAACGACUGCGCCGGGCGCUCAGCAUGCACGUUCACGGCGCAAUUCGCGACCUGUGGCGACCCGCGUCUGCGCUCGCGUGGCAAAAACCACGUGGGGCUGACCCGUUAAAAACGACAAGGCAGGGUGGUUUGUCGCCGGCGCUUUUGCAGGCGCUACAGCAGGCCGUGGUCAGUGCCGUCAAGGAGUACAACUUGGUCGAGGAAAAACGAGAGGGAGGGCAUUUAUUUCCAGUGCAAGACCUCCUUCUAGGCGCGAGCCUUGUCGACACCACCGCCACCACCGCACUGGUAGAGCUCGCCAAGGAAAUAGCCGGCCUGCUACACGACCACUUGAUUGUGCACUUACCGGCCCACGUGGCAGAAAACGGUCUCUGGGUGAACACGGAAGCCUUCGCGCCGCAGCUGCUGUAUCCUAUGUAAAAACGUCCGCACCCCAUAUUUGCCAUGCAGAUUUGCAGUCACAGACGGAUUUGUAAUAGUAAUACGCAACCCCAUCAUGAGAUACAUUUCCCAUCGCAGUUUGGACAUUGUAAUGCUUUAAACAGGAUGAGUAGACGGCUUCGUGAUCCACGGCUGCACUUGCUAAACCGCACUACAAUACAGAGAGGAACUUGUCAUGCGUGACUCCCAAAACUUCUCGACUUGUGUUGCGAGAUCCCCAUCUUGACUCUGGGGUGGGGACGUUUUUACAUAGGAUAUUCUGCGGGGGUUCAUUUACGCCGAAAUCUACUUAGUACACCCUUGGUCGGUUUCUAAGUUGAAAGAAGUUUUUGCUUCUUCAUCUUCAUUUCGCAGCGGGAGCAAGAAGACCUCGACGUCCGCGGGAGCUGGUGCAACUGGAGCAGAACUUGGAGCGUCCUCUUCUUCUUCCUCCCACGAGAGGCCGGGUAGUACUUCAUCCGGAGCAAGUCCAGCUUGUCCUCCAACCCUUGACAGCCCCGAGGAUCAUCUUCACACGGAACGAGAAGAAACCGCUGCUGCGUUGGUGGAGCUCGCCAAGCGCGUGGAAACUUUCGGUAGCCGUCUAACCGCUGCGAUGGAGCAACACUACCAGGAAUUGGACAAGAUGGAAGCUGGGUCUGCUGUGGACUACGACCGUCGCGAUAGAAGCAUUAACACAAGUAAAAUAUUACAGCACCGACACAAGUGCAACAUCAGCCUUCCGUGUUUCACCGAUGCGCGCGUCAAGGCCUGGAAACGGUGGGCGGAGGAGAAACUCAACGGCAAGUAUUGGGAUUCUAUAACCAGUUGCGAAGCCACAUUGAAUUGGUAUCGAAGUGUGGACUCCCUGGCCUUCUUGGUGCUGCGGUGGAAGGAAAAAUACGGCUACGUGCCGGACUUUCGCGUGGUGAAAGAUGAUAACAACUGGAAGUGAAGAUGAUUUUUUUACCUCGGUUGCUAGAGCCUGUGGGCGAGGAGGGGCUAGCUCUAGCAACUGCUAUAAAGUGAUUGACUAAUGGUAAUGGUUGUAUAUUGCAAGCAAGCAACCAGGACUGCGAGUGAAUGACAGAAUUAAGUAUAUGCAAAGCAAAAAAAGCCCUUAUUACAUCGUUAGAAACCUUCGUACUACAACCGGGAGUGCACCUCAGUGAGGACAGAGACAAGAAUACAGGAUUUAAACUUCGAUCAUUGGGAAACACAGGAAGGAAGAACUUGGAUGAGCAAAUAAAUUUUGUGAUUUCAUCUGGGUACAAGUUGUCGCAAAAAUGGCAAGAUCAUGACUGUAUCGAAAAUGCAAAUUUGUUUUGUCUGGUGAAGACUUCUGAGCCAGGAUUAUUCUGGUGAUUUCUGAGCCAGAUUC